AUGUGAAUGAGUUGAAGGAAUGUCUUCACGUCCUAGUGAAGGAACAGCAAACUCUGGCCACUCAAACUGCUACGACAGCCCUUUCAGCGAUGCGGCUAAAGCAGAGGCUGGUUAUUCUGGAAAGAUAUUUUAUUGCGUUGAACAGAACCGUUCUUCAAGAGAAUGUCAAGGUUAAGUGGAAAAGCAGUAAUAUUCCUCUGCCUGCUGUGGAUAAGAAAAGCCCAAGACCUGUAGGCAAAGGUGUAGAAGGACUUGCAAGGGUUGGAUCCCGAGCAGCGCUUUCGUUUGCAUUUGCAUUCCUUCGUAGAGCAUGGAGGUCGGGUGAGGAUGCAGACCUCUGCAGUGAGUUGUUACAAGAAUCACUUGACGCACUGCGGGCACUGCCGGAGGCAUCGCUUUUUGAUGAAGGGACUGUGUCCUCUGUGUGGCUGGAAGUUGUGGAAAGAGCUACUAAAUUCCUAAGGUCUGUUGUGACUGG